AUUCAGUUGUGGAGCGGAACGUUGAGUUAUUGUUCAAACCGGUGGGGCUUUUAUCUGUUACACACUGAACGGCAACGUCACAUCUUUGGUUGCAUUAAUCUCCAAUAUGGCGGAGGAAACUGUUUUGAAUGAAGGCGCGUCCUUUAUGGAUCCUUUUAAAGGACUUUUGUUGACAUAUUUUAUGCCGGAAUCAUGUUACGACGAGUUCUUUCUCAAUUUUAACUUUUUGUACGUACCAUGUCUGAAGAUUGUGCUGAGCAAAGGCCUGGGGAUCGGCAUCAUCCUGGGAUCAGUGAUGGUGAAGUUGCCUCAGAUCAUUAAGCUGAUGGGAGCAAAGAGCGCUGAGGGGCUGAGCUUCCAGACGGUGCUGCUGGAGCUGCUGGCCAUCACGGGGACAAUGGCCUACAGCAUCGCCAACAAGUUCCCUUUCAGCGCGUGGGGCGAGGCUCUGUUCCUCAUGCUGCAGACAGUCGCCAUUGGCUUCCUCAUUCAGCACUACGGAGGCAGAACCAGCAGAGGUGUGCUGUUUCUGGUGGUGUUCAUCGGCCUGCUGGUCCUCGUGCUGUCUCCGGUCACUCCCAUGCCAGUGGUCACCUACCUGCAGGCCUCCAACAUGCCAGCCAUCAUCAUCGGCAGGCUGAUCCAGGCAGCCGCCAACCUCCGGAACGGGCACACGGGCCAGCUGUCGGCUGUCUCCGUCUUCCUGCUGUUCGCCGGGUCCCUCGCCCGCAUCUUCACCUCAGUACAGGAAACCGGAGACACGCUGAUGGCCGUCACCUACGUCAUCUCCUCCGCCUGCAACGGCAUCAUCGCCCUGCAGGUCCUCUACUACUGGAACAGCUCCCCGGAGCACAAGAAGAAGAAAAAGAAGAGCGAGUAGGCUAAAGGACAGUUGCUAAACUUUCAAUCAAUAGCACUUUUUUUUAUUUCCGUGUCCCACUUUUUUCCC